AUGGUAGUUGUUCGCGUCCGUGAAACCAGGAUAACAAGUAUCCUCUCCCAUAUCUGUAUAGGAUUCUCUCUCUUUAUGCUGCCAAAACCAUUGAUCUAUAUUCCAAGACCGGUUUUGAAUGGCCUCUUCGUCUAUAUGGCAAUCACUGCGGUUUACGACAACCAGCUAUUUGAGCGCGUCCUUCUAUUUUUUACAGAACAGAGAACUAUUUUUCACUCAUAA